AUGACUCCUAUACUUAUGGACAACAAAUUCCAUGAACGCGUCUUUCCGUACCAAUGGUUAACCAAACUACAUCUCACCAUCAAAAUCGACGAUAUUACCGCUCCAACAUUCGAAGCCAACUACGGCAACAACUGGGUCAUUGACCAGGAGCGAGCAGAGGGGAUUGAUAGGGAACAGGAAAGUCUCAAGAAUCUGUACGAGAAACUCGAUUCGAGCUUCGCACUAUUGUUGAAGCGUGAUCGUUUAGCAACCUUUUCUAGCUUGAAGAUUCACAUCAUGUUAGAACUAGAACAUUAUCCGUACACGGACUCACCGGACACGGAGACGCGCAUCGCCAUGCUGAACUGCGAACGCGGCUUUCUCAACGUCCUCGAAGUCAUGCGCAAACCUGUGUAUGGCUUGAUACAUGCUGGAGCCAAUGUGGUGAUCACAUGGGACGAGGAGAUGGAUGGGUACCAAUGUUGCGACCCGUUUAUCGAGCAGAAGCCUAUACCUGGACUCUUCCAUCUGAGUAAGAAGGCCUGGAAGAAGGUAUGUAGCGGAUUUCUUCUAAUCACCAUCACGAGGAUGACGUUCCAAAUGCACCGUACUAACUUUUCGAACCAGGAGAUGGCCAGGACGCUACGUACAUUUAAACGCUAUGAACCGACCCGCUACGAUCAGGAAUUGAUUCAAGGGUUAUGGGACCGGGGCGUGUACUGCGAAGAUUUCGCCGAGGCACUUCCUCAAUACAGAGAGCGGUGGGGCUAUACCUCAUUCAGAAAGCUGGUGAACAUCGGGCGGCGUUGGGAGCUGGAUGAUAGCGAGAACGAGGAUUGUACUUCGUCGGGGCCGAGCACGUAUGAUGGGAGCGAAGAGGAUGAAGGUAGCGAAGAAGAUGAAGACGGUGACGACUACUACUACUCGAGCGACGGCUCAGGUCCACAAAGAGACUACGAAGCCACUUAUGACGACAUGGAGCGAUGGGGCUUUUAG